AUGUACUUCUGCUGGGUGACGGGCCGCCAGGAGCCGCUGCGCAAGGGGCCCGAGGGCGCCGGCGGCAACGCGCUGCUUCAGGCGGCCAGCGGAGAGCAUCACUCGCUGCUGCUGCUGAGCGACGGCACCGUCCUCUCGUGCGGAGACAACAGCCGAGGCCAGCUGGGCCGGAAACGCGCGCCGCGCAAGGAGCGGCCAAAAGAGCGCCGGGACGCAGAAAGAAUUCCAUCAUUGGAAACUCUACGUGUUAAUCUGGUGAGCUGUGGAAAGGAGCACUCCCUGGCCGUCUGUCACAAAGGAAGGGUCUUCGCGUGGGGAGCUGGUUCUGAAGGACAGCUGGGAAUUGGAGAAUUUAAGGAAAUAAAUUUUAUACCUAAGAAGAUAGAAGCUCUGACUGGUAUAAAAAUUAUACAGGUUUCCUGUGGACAGUACCACUCCCUGGCAUUAUCAGAAGACGGCCAAGUGUUUUCAUGGGGAAAGAACAGCCAUGGGCAGCUGGGCCUGGGGAAGAAGUUCCCCUCCCAAGCCAGCCCGCAGAGGGUGAGGUCCCUGGAGGGGGUCCCGCUGGCGCAGGUGGCCGCAGGAGGGGCCCACAGCUUCGCCCUGUCUCUGUGCGGGACUUCGUUUGGCUGGGGGAGCAACAGUGCGGGGCAGCUGGCCCUCGGAGGGGAUGAUGUCCCAGGUCAGAGCUACAAGCCUCUAUCAGUUGGUUCACUGAAGACUCUAAGUGUGACUUAUAUCAGCUGUGGUUACGAGCACACAGCAGUGCUUACGCAGGAUGGGAAAGUAUUCACAUUUGGAGACAAUAGCUGUGGACAGCUGGGACACAGCCCCACUGCUGAGAAGAGGGGUCCGCAACCUGUGGAAAGAAUUGAGGGCCUAGUUUCGCAGAUAGAUUGUGGAAGUUAUCACACCCUUGCGUAUGUCUAUACCACGGGUCAGGUGGUGUCUUUUGGUCGUGGACCAAGCUGCACAAGCAGCUCAUCUCAUCCGGGGGCUCUGGCAGAGAACUUUGACAUUAGCUGCCGGAUUUCUGCUGAUGACCUUGUGAAUGUUCAAGCCAAACAUAUUUUUGCUGGAACGUAUGCCAACUUUGUGACAACCUACCAGAAGGAUACCAGUUCUACCAGUGUUUCCAGGAAAACACUGCCAGAAAUAAGCCGAAUUAACCAGUCCCUGACAGAAAAAUGGAUGACAGUGGCAAGAGGAAGUGCAGAACAUGAAGUGGCUAAGAGGGAAAUCAGAGUGAUAUUUUCAUCUCCUGCUUGUCUGACUGCAAGUUUCUUAAAGAAAAGAGAAUCUGGAGAAACAGUUUCCGUUGAUGUGGACUUAGCAAGAGAUACCUUCAAGAAGUUAACAGAAAAGGAAUGGAUUUCUUCUAUGAUAACAACAUGUCUCAGGGAUCAUCUGCUCAGAGCUCUUCCAUGUCGUUCUCCGCACCAAGAAGCUUUAUCAGUCUUCCUUCUGCUCCCAGAGUGUCCGGUCAUGCAUGAUCCUAAGAACUGGAUGACUCUGGUGGUUCCAUUUGCAGAGGCUGUUUAUAACAUGACUGGCCAAUCUUCAAGAGUCCUGAAGCAGUACUGGGCAUCUUUGCAAGAAUCCUCUCUCAACACACUGGUCCAGAUGCUUAAAACUGCCAUCAUCUCUCAACUGUAUUCUUGGACUGAAACCAUUCAGAGUCACCGCAAUGUUAAAGCUCUUCUGGAAGUGAUGAAAAAAGUGUAUAAGGUAAACAAAGAUAAUUGUCAACUACCAGAAAAUACUUUCAACAUAAAUGAACUCUCCAUUUUGUUGGAUUUUUAUGGAGAGAGAGAAAAAGUGAUCUGGAGGAAUAAAAACCUGAUAUCUGCAGAAAACUUCAGUCCCAUUAUUUUCAGUGAUUUUCCAUUUGUCUUUAAUUUGCUCUCCAAAAUUAAAUUAUUACAAGCUGAUUCCCAUAUAAAAAUGCUGGAAUCAGUAGGGAGAAAUUUGGAUUUGGGGCACAUGAUUCUUCCAGGAAGGGCUGAAUCCCCUCCAUUUGUACUUAGAGUCAGACGAAGUCACCUUGUUGAAGAUGCUCUGCGUCAGUUAAGCCAAGCUGAAGUCACUGACCUCCGGAAAAUAUUAGUGGUUGAGUUUAUUAAAGAAAUUCGUUCUGUGGGGGAAGGGGUGAAGUCUGAGUUCUUCCACUGUAUAGUUGAAGAUAUGACCAAGAAAGAAUAUGGGAUGUUCAUAUACCCUGAAGAGGGUUCCUGCAUGUGGUUUCCUGUCAAUCCUGUAAUUGAGAAGAAGAGAUAUUUCCUCUUUGGGAUGCUGUGUGGACUCUCCCUAUACAAUUUUAAUAUUGUCAACCUACCUUUCCCACUGGCUCUGUUUAAGAAACUUCUGGACCAAAAGCCAUCAUUGGAAGAUUUAAAAGAACUCAGUCCUCUUUUGGGGAAGAAUUUGCAGGAAGUUCUAAAUGAUGAAUCUAAUGACAUUACAGAAAUGCUUGGCCUACGUUUUUCUAUACACUGGGACCAAAAUGAUGCUGAUUUAAUUCCAAAUGGGAUCUCUAUAUUUGUAGACCAAAGCAACAAGAAAGACUAUGUUUCUAAGUGUGUUGACUACAUUUUCAAUGCCUCUGCCAUAGCAGUUUAUAAGGAAUUUCAGAGAGGAUUUUUUAAAGUCCUUGACAAGGAGAUACUUAAAUUUUUCCAGCCUGAAGAACUAAGGACAGCAGUAGUUGGAACUACUGAUUAUGACUGGAAACAAUUUGAAAAGAAUUCAAGUUAUGAGCAAGGAUACUAUGAAUCACAUCCUACUAUACUGAUGUUUUGGAAAGCUUUCCAUAAAUUAACUUUGGAGGAAAAGAGAAAAUUCCUCUUUUUUCUUACAGGAAAUGAAAGGCUGCAUGUAAAAGGCAUACAGAAAAUGGGAAUCUUCUUUCGCUGUCCUGAAACUUUCACUGAACAAGACUUCCCAAGAGCACUGACAUGUCAUAAUAUUCUGGACCUCCCUAAAUAUUCUUCAAUGGAAAGAAUGGAGGAAGCACUUCAAGUAGUCAUCAACAGCAACAAAGGAUUUAUCACAGUGCGAUAGUGACGUUUUGAGAGGCUCAGGUCUCAGGUUCUCUCACCCUUCCAUCCUUUUGUUCUUCUUUAGGUCUAAUUAGUGCAAAGGCUUGAUGGAUUUUAGUUAGAAUUAGUUGACACAUGCUGGGGUAAAUAAUAAUGUGAUGAGUCAAGGAUCACAUUUUUAAUGAAUCAAUAUUUCCUGAUCUUUAAACUUGCUAUAAGAAUGCUUGCUUUUGGGACUUCCUAGGCGGCACAGUGGUUAAGAAUCUGCCUGCCAAUGCAGGGGACAUGGGUUCAAGCCCUGCCCCAGGAAGAUAACACAUGCCACAGAGCAACUAAGCCCGUGGGCCACAACUAUUGAGCCUGUGCUGUAGAGCCCAUGAGCCACAACUAUUGAGCCCAUGUGCAACAGCUACUGAAGCCCGUGUGCCUAGAGCCCAUGCUCCACAACAAGAGAAGCCACCACAAUGAGAAGCCCACGCAUCACAAUGAAGAGGAGCCCCCACUUGCAGCAACUAGAGAAAGCCCGUGUGCAGCAACGAAGGCCCAACACAGCCAAAAAAAAAAAAAAACAAAA